AUGGAAAAAGAGAUAGUUGAUUACACAUUGAUAGCAUUGGGAGUUAGUGUCAUGGUGGGAUAUCAUAUUUGGCUUUUCAUUAGGAUUCUAAAAUAUCCUAAGAAAACUGUUAUUGGCAUCAAUGCUAUCAAUCGUCGUUACUGGGUUCGUGCUAUGAUGGAGGACGUAUCAAAGAACGGUGUUCUCGCCGUCCAAACCCUUAGAAACAACAUAAUGGCGUCCACUCUUCUCGCAUCGACGGCGAUAAUGCUCUGUUCUCUCAUUGCCGUCUUAAUGACAAGCGGCGGCCGUAGCGAAUCUCCAUUAGUUGUACUCAACGAAAGAAGCCAGUUCAGUUUCUCCAUCAAAUUCUUCGCGAUUUUACUUUGCUUUCUCGUGGCGUUUUUGUUCAAUGUUCAAUCCAUAAGGUAUUAUAGUCAUGCCAGCAUUCUGAUCAAUACGCCUUUCAAGAAAAUCGCAAUCGACGGUCAUCACCAACGGCUCACGACGGAAUACGUGGCGGCGACGGUAAACAGAGGGAGUUAUUUCUGGUCGUUGGGUUUGCGAGCGUUUUACUUCUCGUUCCCUCUGUUUUUAUGGAUCUUUGGACCGAUUCCGAUGUUUUCUUCAUCGUUUUUGCUUGUGUUUAUGCUGUAUUUUCUUGAUGCUACUUUUGAAUUGUGCUGGACGGAGGGGAAUUUGGAUUAUCAUCCUCAAAGAGACGAAGAAGAGGAGAUUGGGAAAUAGUUUUAGUCUUGCAUGUUGGUGUAUUUGUUUAUUCAUUUGAGAUAUUGUGUAGGUGCCAAAUCUUCACACAAUCGACUUUAGUUUAGGGUCCAUUCAAGUCGGUGUGUUUUUUUGGCCGAUCCAACCAUGAAUUUAGGGCAUUUUUUUAGUGUCAAAUAACUCUACACUUCCUUUAUUUUGGUUUUGAUAUUAUUUGAAGGGUUUUACGGGGAUAGUUGUUCGUACUUAUAUACCAUCGUCAACAAAUAAUUAUUAUAAUUAUUGUUUUA